CGGGAGAUAGUCACAGAGACUGCUCGGACUGCAAAUCCUACACCGUCGGUUUAGUGGUAUAUCAUCUCAUUGAGCAUCAAAAAUGGAGUGCAGAAGCCGAGCCAGCGUCCGCCAGUUCAAGAGCCUGCUGGAGCAUAUGGAAAGACACGGUGAUUUCAGUGUGAAGGCCAGGAGAGAAGGUCGCCUGAAGACCCAGAAACUGUGGCAGGAUCUCGCUAAACUCUUGAACUCCGUCGUCGGCGGAGUCUACCGCACUCCAGAGACAUGGAAAAAGGUAUGGAUGGAAUGGAAGUUAAAAACAAAGAAAAAGGCUGCGUUGAUCAAACGUCAGGCGAAACGCCGCAAUUCGAAGGAGGUCGUUACCCUUACUGAUCUGGAAGAGAGACUUUUGUUCCUCAUGAACAUGCCUGCUAAUAUGCCGGCUGCUAGCAACGAGGAACCUGAUAAACCAUCGGAGCCUGUGCCUUCGACCUCUUCCGCCCAGCCGCGUGCGCCCUCACGAGUUUCGUUAUCUGGAUCAUCGACCGCUUCUUCAUUGGGUUCGAUGGUCCCGUAUACUCCACCUGGCACGCCUCCUCCGACUCCCUCUGGAUCUCCUUCGGCUCCCCAAUUACGUUCUUCCGCUGUGUUUAACGCGGAAUCAGACGUCGCCUCAGAAUGUUCAUCUGAUUCCACAUGUUCACAGCUAUCUUGUGUGGAAUCUAUUGAUUCUGUUGAUCUCGAACUUGUCUUGAGUGAGAUAGAGGAUCAUGUGCGCUCACAUGCUAUACGAGAGGAAAAUCCUGAAAUGCCUGGAGUACGUAACAUAAAGCCUCGUGAAAGCGCGGGCCAGACCAAUGCUCCUCGUUUGCGGUCCCAGACGCCCACAGUGCCAUCGGCACGCCCGGGCCACCGCUUUGGUCUCAAUCAGACGCUCACCUUCGAUAGAGCCAACCACUACUUGCGGAUCGAGAGGCGCCGCCUUAAACUGUACUUGAUGAGGGAGAAGAAUGAGGCUCGCAAGCUGGAAAUAAAAGGGAAUUACAACGCCGUUAUUGAAAGGACGGCAAUCGAAAUCACGACUCUUCCUUUCACAGUCGAUUCAAACGGCACGCUACGCAUCUAGAUUAAUAAUUAUUCCUUAACAUAAGAGUUAAAUGUAGUAUGAUAGUAAAUAUUUAUAUUUCGAUGUUUAGAUAAAAAUAUUAAUAUGUAUGGUAUUAAAAAUAUUUAUGUUUAUUUUUAGGGGAUGAGGAGGUAGGUAAGAAGGGUUGCGCAGGAUUGUUACGCUAAUGGGCUGUGUUCCUUUGACUCAACUCAAUAUUAUAAAGUCUUCUACUAACAUUAAUUUUCAAUCUAAUAUGAUCUGUUUGAGUAAUUUUAAAUAAAAGAGUAGAAAAAUAGAAUCGAAUAAUUAAAAAACAUUGUCAAUAUUAUUAAAAAUGUAAUGUAUUCUUCUUCUAAUGCAAUUCAUGUAGUAUAUAUUAUAUUAAUAUCAUAACUAUGUUUCAAAUAUCUGAAUGUAAUGAAAUAAUGACCUAAUAAAGAUAAUCCCAAAA